GCCGCGGGCAAGGCCGCGCGGCCAGAGCUGGCGGGCAGUCGCCUCGCCGCAGCCCCUGCAGCUGCCUGCCCUCGCUACCACCCGCACUGCUGGCUGCUCGGCGCCGUGCUCUUGCCGAGGACUCCCUGGGAACCCAGUUGCAGGACCCUGAGCAGAGAUGAAGGACCUCAGCAAGAAGUCGAGGCAGCCGUUCCUGCACGGGCUGCCGCAGGUGGACCUGCCCAAGAGCCGACAGGACAACAUGGAGCAUGUGCGGAGCUGGCUGGAUUUCCAGCCUCACCUACCAGAACUGACAGAUGAACACCUCCACCUGUACCUACACGCCUGCUAUGACAACCUGGAGAAGACGAAGCAGAUGAUCGAGUCCUGCUACACCUUCAGGACCCUCACUCCAGAGCUUUUCAGCAACAGGGAUGUUUAUGGACAUGACUUCCAAGGUGUUAUAGAAACAUGCGAGGUGAUGCUGCUGCCGCGCGCCACGCCGGAGGGCCAUCAGGUCGCCAUGUUCCGCUUCACCGACUACGACGCCUCCAAGCUGGUCUACGUGGACGGCCUCAAGGCGCUCUUCAUCGCCAUCGACGUCUACCUGUCCAUGCACGGCCUGAGCAGCGGCUGCAUCUGCGUCAUAGACGUGAAGGGCGUGAACCUGGGUCACGUGGCCAAGAUCCACCCGCUCAGCCUGCUGAAGAAGAGCCUCUUCUUCAUCCAGGAAUGCAUGCCUGUCAGACUGAAGGGAGUCCACGUCGUCAACACUGGGACGAUAAUAGAGAAGGUCAUGACGCUUUGCAAGCCUUUCCUGAAGGAAGACUUGGCGAGGCUGCUGCACUUCCAUGCUGCAGUGGACAACCUGGGCGAGCACUUGCCCCUGGACAUCCUGCCGGAGGAGUAUGGCGGCAAGGCUGGCUCCUCAGCGAGCAUUUACAACGAGCUGAAGAACAUGCUGUUCACGCACUACGUGGACUGGCUGGGCGAGGAGGAGGGGCUGAGGACGGACGAGUCAAAGAGGGUGGGCCAGUCCGCCGUCAAGGACACUCUCUUCGGCGCUGAAGGCUCCUUCAGGAAGCUGCAGAUAGACUAGCUGCUCGAGAGCCUGUGCUGGACAUACACGUCUACACUUCAGUUGGGCUGUCGGAUAUACCGUGAAGUGGACUAUCGACCAGCAAAGUUUACGACAUAUUUCUCGCCACUUCGCUUAGUCAAGAGUUGUUCCUGAAAUGUUAACCUAUCAGGAAGGGAAGCUAGAGCGACUGAAUGCAUUUUCAACCCAGCUUAGUAUAUCUUGGGGCACCGCUAUGUACCUGUUGAGGUUUUUUGGACAAUUUUUUUACAAUUUACGUUAUUAAAUAAUGAUAAUUUAAAUAAAAUUCAACAAGAAAUUUUAUUCCAAUGAAAUUUCUGUGAAAAGGAUUUGAUGUUUGCUACCAAAAUGUCCUUGAUAAAGAUGUAUGUAGUUGUUUCUUGAUGAAAAAAAGCGAUUGACCAAGGUUUUAAAAAUAUUUUCAAAGCUAUGUGGAUAAAUAUGUUUUCGUAAACAAAUUCCAAUUCUUGAAGCAUUACCAUAUUUUAUAUUUAUGUAUUCGAAAUAACUUUACUUUUGGUUGAUAAAAUAAAACCUCAAGGAAUGCAAUUUAGCUGGUAGUGUCAUACUAUAUUUUCAAAUUUAAAGGAGCAAAACGUUUAUGAACCCAUAAAUAAAACAUUAAAUGGUAGACACUUUAUGUAAUUUCACUCAUAAUCCCAUCUAGUAAAAAAAACUUGCGUUAUUCAUUUAAUUUUUAAAGUAUCACUUUUCUGUGUAAAUAUAUUUUUUAGAUUAAAAUUUUAUAACUUUGCUGAAACACAUUUUUCUUUACUUCAGUAUUCCUGAAAGUACUUGAUAUUUACGUUGAUUUUCAAGAGAAUUGUAUGACAUCAGUAAAAUAUUAAUAGAAAAGUUAUUUCUUAAUUUGAUACGAAGAGCCAUGGGACUUAAGUCAAUUAUUAUUUUAUAUUAACCUCGGGAAAUCGGUACCAUUAGAAAAAAGUCUUCUUUAGAACCAUUGUUUAAUGCCACCUUCAGAGUAGCGGUUUUCUUAACAAAGUCAUCAUUUACUGCAUAGUGUGAAACGAAGUACAAUAUUAAUGUUGCAGCAAUUUCAUAACAAGAAUAGACGUAAAUUUACUUUAGCAUAUAUCUGAACGUCUGUAGGUAAAAAAAAAAUUAUCCUGGCUAUAUUAUUACUGCACUGAAAAGGAGUGUCAACGUGUUUCGUCAAAUAAGUGAAAAAUGACGUGGUAAAUAUGCAGUACAUAUAUUUUAAGUUUUCUAUAACACAAAUACUUCUGUAUAUUUAUACAAUUUUUUCUUUGCAUCUGAAAUGAGGUUUAUGCAGCUGUAAUUAAGUAAAUUAUGUUAAAUCCCAGGAAGAAUCUUCAAUAAAAACUGUUUCAAUGGCUAAUUGUUCUGUGUACUUAUGUUUUCUAAUAUAUGUAAGAUCCCAGGAAGAAUAUUGAAUCAAAACACUGUUUCAAUGGCUAAUUGUUGGGUGUAGUUAUGUUUUCUAAUAAAGUAUUCGUUUUCAAACAAGGAAAACUUAAAUUAUUUUGAAAGUACAUAGACAUAAGUUGUUUCAAUUAUGGCAAACCGGAUUAUGAUCCUUUAAAAAAUGCAGGUAUGCAAUAAAAAGGAAUUGUAGUUCUAGUAGGAUGGACUGAGUCAUU